AAUGUUAUGUCAACUAGAAACUAAGUAAUGAGAAUGUGAGUUUAAGUCUGAAUGUUUGUGUAUUAUUUUAUAUAAAAAUACACUCAUCACAAUUAAAAUUAUUUUAUGUAUAUUAGUCAUAGAUCAUGGAUGAUAUUAUGGUAGAAAGUCUGCCCAUACUCGGCACUUGUAGCUUAUGUCUUGCGGAAGGAAUAGUAAGAAGUAUGAUUCUGAAAGAAAAUAAUGAAACAAACAGAGAAAAUUAUAUAGAUAUACUUUUAAAGUGUUUUUCAAUCGAUAUGCUGUCGUUAGACCUGGACGAUACUAAAUACAUGAUCUGCAGUCUGUGCAUCAAACAGCUGGAAAUCUGUCACAGGUUCAAAGAACAGGUGAUAGUCUCGCUGAGGACGCUAGAAGCCAGCACUAGAAUCAAGAAGGCGGACCAGUCUUAUGAUGUGGUUAAAAUUGAGGGAACAGAAAAUAAUGUUAACUGUGUCAAGGAGGAGAUGAAUCCAGCGGUUAGACUCACCAGCUGUUCUGAUGUUGACGACUCAGAUGUGAAGGGCAUUCUGUUUGGUGAUAUCAAACAAGAGUCACUACACCACAGCGAUUAUGAUGAACACGCCGUCCUAAACGACUUACUUAUCAAACACGAUCCUGAUGAACUGAGAUCGAGGCGUUCUAGACGGAACACGCUACUGGCUAAAAAGAAAGUGUCUUACUCGGUGCGAAAACAAGCGGAGUUGAAGGAAACAGAGAGGAUGUUGAAACGUGGACUGUUCCCGUUCAAGAUUGGCAAAAAUCAGACGUACACCUGCGCGAUCUGCCCGGAAAAAUCCACAGCCCUGGACGACAUUAAAUCCCACAUAACGGAUCACAACAUCACAAACAUACACGUGGCCUUCAAAAAGACGAUGACCUCCAACCAACACAGGUUCUAUAAAUACUCGACCAAACUGAAAUGCAAAUUAUGCAAGGAGGACAUAAGGGACUACGUCACACUCAAAAACCACAUCGGCUCCUGCGUCCGGAGCAGCGCGAAAUGCAACAAUCUGCCGUUCAAACUGGAGAAAGACCAGCUGGACUGUCCGAUAUGCAAGAAGACGUUCCUGAACUUCGUGAGCCUGAACACGCACAUGAACGUCCACUAUCCUAACCACGUGUGUGACAACUGCGGCAAGGCGUUCGCUUCGAAGGCGCGACUCCGCGGUCACAUGAGGACCCACGAAAUCGGGGAUUUCCCUUGCAGAUACUGCGACCAGGUCUUCGAUAGGGUCACCAAGCGAGAGAAUCACGUCAGCAAAGAACACAAAUCCGGCAUAAGGUACGCCUGCAAGCGCUGCAACAUAUCCUUGACGUCGUUCUACGCCAGGCAGAAACAUUUAGCGGAAGUCCACAACGAGGAGCUCAAGAGGUACAAGUGUAAGGCCUGCACCCAGAGCUACAUAACGCCUGGACAUCUAUCGAGUCAUGUCAGAAGAGAUCACCUCAACGAGAGGAACCACAAAUGCACUAAAUGCGAUCAGGCCUUCUAUACGAGGAACUCGCUGAAGAUGCACAUGAUCAAGCAUGACGGGGAGCGCAUACACACCUGCAACAUCUGCAACAAGUCCUACCAGAGGAAGAAGACGCUGCGGGAGCACAUGCGGAUACAUAACAACGACAAGAGGUUCGUGUGUCCAGUGUGUGCCAGAGCCUUCACGCAGAAGUGCACCCUAAAAGGUCAUUUGAAAGUCCACGAACGAAGAUUAGAGGACAACGUCCACCCGUCCGCUCAGAUGCUGUAGAAGUUACGACUUAGAAGAGAAACUAUGGCGGUGUUCAGCGGCUCAAAUGUUAGAGCGGCGGCAAAACUGAAUGCGGGCCUGCGCGUUUAGUCUAGGAUACCCAGUUAUAGAGACGUCUAGAGAAUACUGCUAGUUCAAAUGACUUUUUAUAUCUGUUAUUGAUUGAAUCGAAAUCGUAGCUCAUGCGAAGGAUACGCUUAUUCAUAUAUAUACGUAUAUUUUUUUUUGUUUUUACGUACUUUUUGUUUUCGAUGGAAAAUAACUUUUUUUUUCUUAAUCUUCAUAUCGGAUCUCCUUCAAAGCUAUUUUUUUUUAAACUUAUUUUAAAUGUAAAGCCUUUUUUUUAUUCUCAUAUAUUAGAUCUAUGUAUAUUUUUAAGUUAUUAUUAUUAUUUAAUUUCUAUACGAAAAGUGCAAUAACCAU